AUGGCGCUCACAUCCCGCAUCUCCCUGACUGGCCCGCCCGCCGAGUCCCCCGAGGACUACCUCAUGUCCUCCCUCGGCGUAAUCUUCCCCGACGACGUCACAAACCAACACGGCGACGCCGUAAACGGCAUCGAAUACACCUCCCCGCACCUCCGCCGUCCCCUGACCUUUGAGCUCGCCGAGCCCGACGCCGCCGACGACCGCAAGCUCUUCAGCCACUACCUCUGGAACUCGAGCCUCCAGCUCGGCGAGUUCGUCGAGGCCGGCACCCUGGGUAUCGACACCGCCGUGCCCCUCCGUCUCGGGCCCCCACUAUCGCACUUUGACGUCCGCGGCAAGACAACCCUCGAGUUGGGCGCCGGCACCGCCCUGCCGAGCAUCAUGUCCGCCCUCCUCGGCGCGGAACGCACCGUGCUGACGGAUUACCCCGCCCCGGCCGUCAUGAAGUCCCUCCGCCUCAACGCCACGCGCAACAUCGUCCCCGCCGUCUCCCCCACGGGCGCCCUCACGGCCCGCGAGGUCCUGGUCGAGGGACACUCGUGGGGCGAGCUCGACGAUCCGUUCUCCAUCGCCAACAAGCACGCCUUCGAUCGGCUGUUCGUCGCAGACUGCCUCUGGAUGCCCUGGCAGCACGCCAACUUGCAAAAGUCCAUUGCCUGGUUCAUGCGAGAAGGCUCCGAGUCCCGGUGCUGGGUCGUGGCCGGAUUUCACACGGGACGGCCCAAGAUGCGCGGCUUCUUCGAGGAGGCGGGCCUGGCGGACGCCGGGCUCGAGGUCGAGUCCAUUUGGGAGCGGGACUGCGACGGCGAGGAGCGGGAGUGGGCUUGGGACCGCGGUAUCGAGGACGUGACGAUCCGAAAGAGGUGGUUGACUAUUGCGGUGCUUAAACGCAAGGCUGCCGCGUGA